AUGACUUUAGCAAUCUCCAACGAUUCCACUGCGUGCAAUCUGCCUUGUUUUCCUCCUGAACUUUGGAUUACAAUAUUUAACCUCGCCACCGAUAUCCCUGGUCUGCUGAGUUAUGAUGGCCCGACCCCAUUCGAUCUUCCGCGUCCCCUCGUCAAAGAGCACGAGCACAGACUGUUGAAAGAGUCUCUUAUCACAAAGAGGAAUAUUAUCCUCGUCUGCAAGACAUGGCACACACUCGCCAUCAAUAUUCUCUAUCGCAGUGUUCUGGUCACUCGUCCAGCUACUCUGUCUUCUUUGCUUGUCGCCCUCGGUAGGAGAUCCUCUGGAGCAGCCCGCUCCGUUCACGUAGGGUGGUGGACGAGACGACUUGAUGUCUUGAUACAUGAUGACCGUUGUGAGGCACCUGAUUACGCCCUCCUAGCCAAUAUCAUUCGACAGUUCCCAAACUUGUCAACCGUCAAUUUAUCCAUGCCCAUGCUUCCCGAUAAUGAUUCCUGGCUUCGACAGCUACCCGAAUCAGUUAUAAUGGCGCUGGCUGAAUCUUGCGGUUCAUCAUUGCGUGUAUUUGAUUGUUCUGAGUCCAUUUUGCGCCCCUGCAGAGAGGAUCUGAUGAAGUUGAUAGCUGCAGCAAAAAAUUUGAGCGUGCUCCGCUGCCCAAUUUGCUCACCCAGUGCAAGGGACAGAUCUCCUUCUGCUCGACUUGACAUGCCCGUUAUGACCAAGCUGCAGUCCUUGUCACUCAUGUCGGUCUUUUUGCGGGAUUACCUGCCAGACGAUAGAAACGCCAACCACUUCCCGGCUCUCAGAAAACUGACUUACGACUGCAUCCCUCCUCCAUUUCUUGACCAUACUUGGAAACGUUUCAUGAGGCUGAGCUGCGCGAAUGUUACUACCGUGCACCUCGACUAUUCCCUUCAAGCCGAAUGUCUUCAAAAAGAGCUGGAUUUGCUCGGUGAAUGCUGUUUAUCUUUGAACGACCUCGUCGUUUACAUCCGUUCAUGGACGGAAAUCAACCUAAAUCUCACCCUCCCUCCCUCCGUUUCCUAUCUGGGACUACAUUCCAAGUUACGCAAGGCACCCGCAUUCCAUUUUAAGCAACUAUUCGCUGCUCUUCGUACGAUAUCGGGUUUGGAGCUCAAGAUCGUUCGAUUGCUGCACGCGGACGCUGUGGAAGAUUUACGCGCGAACCACUGGGCUCUGUUGGAGAGUGAACUCGCCGAUAGCAGCUGUAUCACAUUCCGCAUCGAGGACAACGAGGGUCAUUGUCUGAUGACUUGA